UUUGGGCGCGCUGUGAAGCUAAAGGCCUCCCCCCCUAAUCAAACCGGUUCCAGCGCGCUCCGACCAGUAGGAGCGCAGGAAAGAAAUAUAUUUCAUGACUUUUGGGACACACCUUGUACUUCCUCCCGAGACACAAGGGUAGAAAGGAAGGGGAAAUCACAUGGUCUUUGGGAGAGAAGGAGGGGGUGAGCUUGGAAUCGUGAAAGAAAGGGUAGCGCAGAAGAUAUGGCUGGAAGCCAUGACGUCACUCAUUAUGCGAGCCAGUCCAUGCACGGCUCAGCUGAUGAAAAUAUCAGGCAUGCCCCCAUAAUCGUCCAGGCAUUGGAAGAACAUCUUCAAAAGGUGCAAGCAGAGAUCAAGCUGCCCGUGUUAUACCUCAUCGAUUCUAUUUUGAAGAAUGUUGGAGAUGUAUAUACUUCGCUCUUCACUCAGAACUUUGUUUCAGCCUUCUGCGGUGUUUUUGAAAAGGGGGAUAAGGAAACACGGUCCCAGAUGUUCACAUUACGUAAAACUUGGAAGAAAGUGUCCCCACCAGAGAAGCUGCAUGCAGUAGAUGUACGUGUAAAUGCAGUUGAUCCAGCAUGGCCAAUCACAGAUGUGCCUCCUACCAUAGAUGUGAAUCCAAGAGUGUUUUCAUCAUUAGCUGAGACCACCAGUGCAAGUUGCUGGGCAGGAAGCUGCUAAACUUCAUGCGGCACCUAAACCAAUGGAACCUCCACUGGUCUCAACCUGCCCCAGUUGCCAAUACUAGUCAGGUAAAUAAACAGAAUAGUACUAAAUUAUGUCUGAAGGACCUUACUGUAGUAAGUCCUUUAUCCUGUGUGUUUUUGUUUGCAUUAGGCAUGUGUGAUAGUGACUUUUUCAAUUUGAGGUGAGAAUUUGGGAAGAGGCCGGGUAUGUAGAUGAGAAGAUUUUUUCUGCUAGAUCCCCCCCCCCCAGUAUAUUUACUCNACUCUGUGUAAACAACCUCUUUUUUCACAAUACCGAAGAUUGUGUUACAUAUCCCUUUUGAUAUCAUGAAUUUUAAAUGGAAAUUUUUGUGAAUUAUCAUGUUAAAAAUCAGUUCUAGGGUGAACUUUUACAUUGUUUGUUCACUCUGAAAAGUUGCAGUGAACAGUCAUUCACAUAUGCUAGUAACAUCACUGCUUGUGGAAACAAGUCAGAAUAUACUUUUAUGUAUGGGCACAAUUCACCAGUAAUAAAUAAACUGAACACAAGAAACUCUCUGGACACUGAUGGGUGUGCAGCCAUUAACUUGGUGUUAGUUGCUGCCUGUUAAUAUUAGGCUGAAAUGAAUUGUGCAGUUCUUAUUUUUAAGAGGUAUAUCUGUUAUAUCUGAUUUGUCUUCACUCCUGAAGCUCUAUGCUUCAUCCAACAAACAUUGUGGGUAGAUUACUGUACAUUCGAGAUGUCUUUGAAAAAUGCUGUUUGUACCUCUGCAGCUGACCAUAAAUGUACACAUCCUUUCUGUUUCAUCAUUUACUAAUCAUCCUGUCCUUAGACACUAUAUACAAGGAAGUCUCUAUUUAAGGUUUCUGUAAGGAACAGUGGGAUUUAAUUAAUUUCCCCUGUGAUGAUGUAACACUACUUCAGCUACAUCAUCAUCAUCAUCAUCAUCAAGCAUCAGCUGCCAUGCAGUUCCAGAAAAUAAUAUGGUACAGCAACAUGAGGAUGUCAAAAGUAAGCUAACAGAAUUUCAGUUUGGGUUUAUGUGUUUUGGUGGGGGUUGUUUCCUUGGGAAAUUUGCACUGUACAGUGGCAACAUUUCAUUUCUUUCUUGUUGAAUUUUUAAUUUCAUGGUAACGUAGUUAGUUGGGGCACUAUGUUACA